CGGACUGUUGGAUGUGUAUCCUUGCCACAAAGGAAGUGUGCUGAGUUAUAUCACACACUUCGCACGGGUUAGUCACGUCAAAACAUUGUUCUUCGUUUCAUAAAUAUGGCCGUCGGUAGUUUUUACAGUUGUGAUACUGAUGAUGCAUUGUUAUUCAGGUGAAAAUUGAAUCGUGGUUGAUUCAUGUAACAUUUCCGGAAUUCGAAUUGUUUAGCGUUUCAAGUGGGUUGUGUCAGUGGAUAACAGUGAAACCUAUUCGAAUUGGAGUAAAAUUUAGUGAACGUCUGCACUUGAUUUUUCUACGCCCAUUUUCACUGCUCUGUUUGCUGGUGGGAAGGAAUCCGAGGAAACUAAUUAUCCCUUGAGAAAGCUGUUACGAGAAGCUGAUUUAUUUCUUUGAUUCGGUUGAUAUUGUGGUUUGCUCGCGUGUUGAGAAAACGGACAAAAAUUAGCAACGAAAUGUCGUUACCAUUGCCGCCGUUUCCCUCGGUCCGGUCACGGACAACCACCAGCAGCGAGCCUCUUAUGCGAUAAGGGGUAACACAAGCAAGCAAACCACUACAGCAAUACACCCACCAACCAAUUUUCCGGUGAAGAUAUCCUCCCAGGAAGCACCUAACACUACUGACACUCCCUCCGCCCCUCCCACACGGUCGGAAAGGCUCCUCUUUGAACAAACUCAUCCCCGUGUUCCAGACAACUCGAACGAAGGAACGACAGAAGCCAUCGUCGUUGCAGAAGGCGCACUCUCGAUAAGUGAAAGAUACUAUGUAUGGCAGCGGGAGCCCCCCAUCGAAACUAACGGGGGGCUCCAUGUCAUCACGGUCCAAGCGCGCGAAGAAAACACCUUGGGGUGCCCGGGAACGGGCCGGCAUGAGCUUCCUGAUCGUCAUAGCGUUUUUCGCCAUCUUCGGACUGAUUAUCCUUACGGAGGUGCUGAUGAUUGAUGACCGAGGUCGAGGUGGAGGAGUCAUCGUUCGGCAUGGUAGCAGCGGGGGUCGCUUUGGGGAAUCCGUUCCCGAUUACGACGAUGUGAAGGACGAUUAUUUGGACGAUACAGGUAUUUUUGUACGAGAAACGAAAUUCGGUAGCGCAGCAAUAAAAAAUCUGCUGAAAAAUCAAAAAGACUCUAAAUUGUCUAUUGGAAUAACCGUACAACUAGAUCCGGCAGAGCAGCGUACUCCACCCAUCAUUCCAUGGGGUCAAAUGUUACCCUCGAAGACGGAGCAAAGUUUGCCCAAGUAUCCGGUCGACAUGCGCCCAACCGACGGAUCUUGGGAGAUCGUCAACGGCACCCGAUACAAGUUCUUCGUAUUUUCCGCCUUCUACGAUCGACGCGAUGGGAAGCUGGUGCGGGUGAUCGGUGCGACGAAGACCCGCGGUCCGGAAAAGGUGUGGUGCCGAUUUUGGUAUCAAACCGGGCUCAACACCACUAAGUUCCGAUCCGCGUCGGUGAUGGCGAGGGUUAAGAUUAUCCGGGAAAACUGGAACUUGAAGUACAGUGCGUGCUUCAUCCUAUGUCCGAUUCGUGGUCCCUUUCCCGAGAUUCCAUAUGCAGUUAGUGUAGUUAGUAAAAUAAGGGCACCACCCGGAAAUGUCCUGUUGCUUAGAAACACAGAUAACGAUCCUGAUUUCAACAAUCGCACGUUCAGUAAUAUACCGAAAAGUAUUGGAGUGUGCGUUAAGCCGCUGCAUUUUAACUAUGAUCAGGCAUUGUAUUUGCUGGAGUUCCUGGAGUUGAAUAAUCUACUCGGAGUAUCGCAUUUCACAUUUUACAACCACACGAUUGGGCCCAAGGCUAGCUGCAUUCUGAGGCACUACAUCAAUGGCGAUCUGCCACCGCUGAUCACAUCGCAAAUCUACACAAAAGAGGACUCUUGGAGUACUGAUCCUACCGGCAGAAACGAUGUGCACACGGUUCGAGCGGCAGCCACUAAGCAGAUCGACAAUACAGCGUAUCAGAAGCCAAAAAUUACUGUAAAUAUUUUGCCAUGGAAUUUACGAAUGCGAUCUCAAAAAGAGAUCCGCACCGAAGGGUUGUUUGCAUCGUUGAACGAUUGCCUAUACAGGAGCAUGUACAGAUACUCACACGUUGCACUAAUUGAUUUAGAUGAAUUUAUUAUACCACACCACAACGACACUUUGAUCGAUUUAAUCAACUGGCUCUCUAAGCGAAUCAAUAGUAGGAACACAGGAGCUUACUCGUUUCAGAAUGCUUUUUUCUAUCUCCAAUUCUCCGAUGAUAGUCUAAUUUUCGAGGACAAUAGCGAGCAGGCCAACCUAAGGGCUGCACUUACGACGCAACGAAAGACGAGACGCCGCUCGAAGCUUCACCCUCAGAAACAACGCUCAAAGUACAUCUGCCGACCGGAAGCCGUGAUCGAGGCGGGCAACCAUUUUGUGUGGGAGUUUUGCCCUGGUCGGGGCUCGCUCAACGUUCCAGCCGAUGCGGCGAUCCUGCACCAUUAUCGAGUGUGCGAGUUCGGAGGCGAUGACUGCAUCAAAUCACCAUCGGUAGUUGACCGGACAGCCCAUCGGUACUCGAAGCGACUGUUGGACCGGGUCGGAACCGUUUACAAUUAUCUUAAGGAUACAUGCGAUCUUCCAGAAAUUCCGCUAGCCCCCACGAAACCACCACCGACACGAAGAAAGCAGCUCAAGGUUAGAAUCCCAAUCCGGCCGGAAUCGAUGGCAGUUCCUAAUGCUGGUAAUACUGUAGAUAGUACCAAAACGAAUACCAGUAGCCACAAUAGUAGCAGGAGCACUUUCGCCAGCUCCUUAAUAAAGGUGAUGUCAAAUCAUCGGGUGUAAGGAAAAUUUCCAUGAGCAAUGAAGCCGAUAUUUUUAUACAAUUACAUAGAAGAAAAAGGAAACAAAUCAAGCAAACUUGUUUAUUCGAAACUUUUAUUGAAACACUCAGCAGAAUAUUUGCCGUAAUUUUAUUAGUAGCAUAUAGUUUGAGAAAAAUAUUUAAAACAAAACAUAACGAACCGUAACGGCACAAUCUUUAAUUUUAUAACGAAAGCAGUUGCAUAAAAUACGACAAAUAAAUAUUAUCAGCUUCUAGCCAACUUUAGCCUACUGCGACUAUAGGCACCAUGCUCACGUGUAGAUCAUUCCUAGGGCGGCUGUAUGUGAUUAAUGGCCUACUAAUAUACUGCUUAUUAGUUCACUUGUUACACACACUCGACGCAAAGUACUCUUUAUUCCAAGCCAAAUAUGUAAUGAAGCAAAAGUAGAGUUAAUCAUUUUCGCGAUGAAAUUUUGUGUUAGUCUGGUUAUCAAAUGGAUCGAAUCGUGUUUUUAUGCUGCAAAACGUACGAAUUUGUACAAUGAAAUCGAUAAACUCAACGCAGAACUGAUUAGCUCUCCCUUGCUUAUCAACAUCUCAUUAACAGUAAAAAAUAACUGAACUAAUUAGAGGAGAAAUAGAACACCGCAUAUCACUACGUUUAUGUUUCAACUUUAGGUUUAGUUUAGUUUAGUGGAACUCUCUUUUUCUAGCUGUAUGCGCUGGAAACUGGGGAAACAUUUCUUAUCGAAUCAAAGCAAGAAAUAAUGAAUUACACAUAGCUCAAAUCAAAUAUUCUAACAGUGAACUGUACGGUACUUACGGAUAUAGUGCGAAAACAUAUGAAUGAUCGCAUGUCAAAACUACUGCAUAGCAUGAAUUGAUGCAAUAAAUGGUGAAAAUAGCAGGCGGCGAGUGGUGUAUUGGAAAGUGUAUGGAAAUAUACGAAGAUUUUUAGAAGGAAGAGUUAGAAAA